AUGGUCUUCCCAGCACAGAGCCCUCACGCUCCUGCUCACACAUCCGAGCCUCUCCCAUUCCAAGCUCCACAACCCCACACCAGCUUUUCUUACCCAACUCUACCUCCUCUAAACAUUCCCAUCCCUGAACCGGGCACGCCAACCCAGGCUAUCCCCAUAGCUCCACCGACAAACUUUCUCUCGGAAAUGGGGACUGAGCAGGAGCAGAGAUUGAAGAAGAUGGAAGAGAACAUCAAAGCCUUACAAUCAGGUGGCCCUCGCCUCGAUGCCGACGAUUGCGAUUGGAGUCUUUUCCCGGGUAUGUGGCUACCCCCGAAGAUUAAGGUGCCUGAAUUCCAAAGGUACCAUGGCACGACCGACCCCCGUCACCAUCUCCGUCACUACAGGGGAAAGAUGCUGCAGUACUGGGACUACGAAGAGUUCGUCAUCCACACAUUCCAAGACAGUUUGGCGGGAGCGGCUCUUGAUUGGUACAUGUCACUGAAAGCCGCGGAUAUCCCUACAUGGACGGACCUUUCGGGCAAAUUCAUCGACCAGUACAAGUACUGUGCAGAAAUGCCUUCGACCCUGUUGGAGCUCAGUACAAUGGAGAUGGCCGAGGAUCAGGGCCUCGAGGCCUACGCAGUAAAGUGGAGGGCUAGAGCGGCGAAACAUGUCCCCCCGAUCAGUGAGGCGCAGCAGAUCCAAUUAUUCCACUCUACCCUCAAAGGGGCCUACUACUUGCACCUGUUGGCUCACACGUCUUCAUUCUCCAACCUUAUCGAUGCCGGGAAAAAGCUCGAUAUCGGCGUUAAGCUCGGCACGAUAGAAGGACCGGCCGAGAAGAAAGAGGGAGAGUCCUCGAAGAAGGUUGCUAUUGGGACACCCUCCGCGAGAAACAGGAGAGGAAGAGACGCGUCCGUCAAUGCUGUUAACUCAGGGCGCCAGGCCCCCCAACAGUAUUCCAUCAAUUACACGCCCGCACCACCGACCACUCAGGCGUAUGCCCCACCUCCGAUGCAUUAUCAGCAGCAACUCCCAGCACAACAAGUAUAUUAUUCCGCCCCGCCGGCCUCCUUUCCGUUGCCGGCCUCGCACAAUUACGUCCCUGUUCCUCCUCAGAUCCAACAAAGCAGGCCUCCGGCUUCGAGAACUCCUCAGCCGGUGCAACGGGCUCCGGUCUCGCAGGACCAACAAGGCACCGCGCCGCGGCGCAAACAAUUCACACCCCUUCCGACCCCGCUCUCCCACAUAUACCGGCAACUCCUCGCAGGCAAUAGAAUUAGAUCAGUAGCGCCUAACCCCGAUUUCGACCCCACCAUUCAGGAUCAGAGUCGGCUCUGCGAGUACCAUCAGGGCGCACUCGGUCACACCACCGACGAUUGUGGGAAGCUGCGGGAGAAGAUCCAAGCUAUGAUUGAUGACAAACAACUCACGUUCAACGCCGUCAAACCUCCGAACGUGCAAGCUAAUCCUCACCCCGAUCACGGGUCAAGCUCGGGACCCAGCAUUAACAUGAUCAGUGUUUGCGCCAUAGGGGAGUACGAGACCGGGCGGGAGCCAUCCGCCCCGUUCGUAAUCAAAUAUGUGCCUGCGGAAACCGGUAUAGGGUACGCGGGGUUUGAUGCCACGCCCGCCCCAUUCGUGAUAGAUGUCCCCGCACGAGAGCCAUAUCAAGAUAGCAAGGUUCCGUGGACCUACGAAGGGAGUGUCGGGAACCUCGAGCGUCAAUUCAGCGUCAUGGGCGUGACGCGCUCGGGACGAGUGUACGAAAACCCGGAGGCCGCGAUCAAAGGAAAGGCGCCUGUUGCGACAUUAGGAAUCGCCCCGGAGGCUACGCCGAUCCCACAAAAGAAGGUGACCGAAGAGGAAGCCGAGGCUUUUAUGAAGAUCAUCAAGGCAAGCGAGUAUAAGGUUGUUGAACAAAUGGGCAAGUCUCCGGCCCACAUCUCACUACUCGCCCUUCUCUUGGGUUCGGAGCCACAUCGUGAAGCGCUCCUGAAGGUCCUAACGGCAGCACAGGUCCCUAAGGAGACGGCUCCAGGUCUCAUUGAAGAGACCAUUGGAUCGAUCUUCUCCAACAAUAUUUCAUUUUCGGAUGACGAGCUUCCCCCCGAAGGAUACGCACACUCACGGGCGUUGCACAUCCUCUGCAAGUGCAAUAACUUCGUGGUGGGCCGGGUCAUGAUUGACAACGGUUCGGCUCUCAAUGUAUGUCCUGUUUCCACCCUGAAGCAGAUGAAUGUGGAUUUGAAUCGUAUUCGUCCGAGCAAGACAGCGGUUCGAGCCUUCGAUGGCUCGCGGAGAGAAGUAAACGGAGAGAUCGACCUUUUGAUCGAGGUAGGUCCUUGUUCAUUCAGCAUCACUUUCCAAGUCCUCGACAUCCCCAAUGCCUUCAACUUGCUGCUCGGGAGGCCAUGGAUCCAUUUAGCGGGCGCAGUCCCCUCCACCUUGCACCAAAAGCUUAAGUUCAUUGUGGAAGAGCGACUCAUCACGGUCAAAGGUGAGGAGGACUAUGCGAUUUAUAAGGAGACGGCUGUCCCCUACAUCAGUAUUGGGGACGAUCAGAACCUCCCCUUCCAUUCGUUCGACACCAUCUUCGUCAUCCGAGACUACGGAAAGGUCGGUUCGUCCCGCGCCGACCGCAUGGUGGGGAAGAUCUUGCUGCGCCAUAACUAUGUUCCGGGUUCCGGACUCGGAGCACGUGGGCAAGGGAUUAACUGCCCAAUCGAGAUCGAAGAGUACAAGAACAGGAGGGGACUAGGUUUUCGCCCUUCCUGCCACGAGAUUAUUAAGGCCCGUAGAAGCAAGCACCUCCACCGCCUCGCAGCGCACUACGGGAAGAUCAACAGGGGCACCCCAGUUCCGCCACUCUCCCACUUCUUUUCAGGACCACAGCACAUCGUCGGAGGUACUCUUGACGGCCCCUCCUCGGAUUCAGACGACGCGCUUGUCGAUCUGCCAGGCAUAUGCGCCGUCACCGAGGAGACUCCUUCAAGGGUCUACAUCCGCCUCGCGCAGGAGAAUGAGGAGCUCAACAACUGGACCUCAGUCCCGCGCUACUCGGCUGUAAUCGCCGAUGUUUAA